AUGACUUCACACCAAAUUGACGUCAAUAAAAACAAUCCAUUGCGGUCACAUAAAAAUAAGUCUCUUACAAACUCUUCAGUUAUUGCCUUCGGGAAGUGCCAUUAUCCUGAACACCAUGAACUCAUAUCUAGUGAUCAUGUUUGUUAUGUCUCACCAAAGUUUGCUAAACAAAAUAAUUUUGUCAAUGGAAUCGAGGUGGAUAUUAUUAAUGUACGACCAGUUGAGUUGGAUGAAGUGAUAAUUGGCGCUUUGGAUUACGAGUCUUAUGAAGCACUAUUAAGAGACUCUUCUACUAUAUUUAAUUGCCUUCACUUGUCCCCGCCAAUUAUCAUUCGUUAUGGCCAAAUUUAUAGACUUAAUAAUUUACCUAUAUCUUCGAACUCUGAUUCUUAUUUUGGAUUUAAAAUUUUGAUAUGCGGCCCAGUUUUGCAAGGCAUUGUCAAGGAUCAUACGAACUUUAUUAUAACUGAUAUUUCAAAAGAUUAUUAUUUAAAUGAUCACGAAUAUGAUGAUGAAUUUGAUGCAGAUACUACUGAAUUUACCGUCGAAAAUGAGUUGUUAGAUCAAGACAUAUUAGAUUUAAAGGAUGAUUAUAUGACCACUCAGUUAGCACUUCUUGAAGCUAAUGAUCAAGAAGAACUGGAUGGUGAUGAGUCUGACUACAUUUCUUCAGUUGCAUCAUCUGAUGAUGAAAGUUGGAAUAAUGUUGUCCCACUUCCGACUAAAUCAAAAUUUACUCCUGUCAUUUUAUCGUAUCCCUUUCCAAGUAAAUUAUUGCAACCAACUCCGAAUGAAAAAGAAGAUCCGGAAUCAAGGAUCCUCAUAAGUUUGAAAGAACUCGCGAGGUUGGGUUUCCAAAGUGGAAGUUGGGCUUUGGUAUCAGGACCUAAAAUUGAAAAAUCUAGGAUGUGCAAGGUUUAUGCUGUUGAUGUUCCUAUAGCUUCAACAGAUGCAUUGGCAUCAGUUUACGUCACACCAAUGCUUCAUUUCAAUCUUGGGUUUGGUGAAACGACAUCAAAUGAAUGUCUAUUUAUUCAGCCAACUAAACAAAAUCAAUCACCACCUCCUGUUACUAGAAGUAUUUACGUGGCAAGGGUGGCGUCACCAUCGUCUACUGAUAGAUCUAUCCACACUGCAAGCAUUAAUGGACUUAAAAACUGGUUUGAAGAAGCUGAUAGGAUAGUUUGCGAAGGGGAUAUUAUAGCAAUACUGACUGAUGAGGAAGCUGCACGGUUAAGACCACAAAAAAUUGAAGGUGAUAUUGAGACAUUAGAAGACAUGGAUAUUGCAACGUCACCAAUCAACCCUGGAACUGUAGUAUAUUUCAAAAUUUCAGAAAUGAAACACAAGAAUGCGAAAAUACACUUGAAAUAUGGAUAUGGAAUGCGCGUAGACCAUAAUUGUACUGAAAUGGUUCAAACUGGGAUGGUACAUUCUAAAGUGCCUUUCGUGAAACGCUAUAUGAAUCCCAAGGUUUUGAACCGGUUAGAUUUAAAUCCAUUUCUAACAUCAUCAGAGACACCUCAAUCUCGACUUUUCAACCUUAUUUCUUCGUGCCUACAUCCAAGUGCUGUGUCACUUAACCUCAGCUGUACUGUUCUUUUACAUGGUCCACGUGGCUGUGGCAAGAAGACAGCAGUCGAAUGGAUUGCCGAAAGAAUUGGUAUUCAUGUUUAUGAGGUGAAUUGCUUUGACUUUGCGGGUGAAACUGAUACAAAAACAGAAACGUCUCUUCGUUCAAGACUUGAUAAAGCUGUGACUUGUUCUCCUUGUGUGUUAUUAUUACGUCAUAUUGAUGCACUUGCUAGGAAAAGUGCUGUAUUGGAGACUGGUCAAGAACCUACAAUUUCUAUUAUCUUACAAGAGUCUUUUAAACAAUUGAUUGAAAAUUUCCAAACUAUUGGAUAUCCAGUUUUAGUAGUGGGUACGACAGGUGAUAUUGAUAAAGUACCUUCCAGCGUGAUUGGUUGUUUUAGGCAUGAAAUUGUUUUCGAAGCUCCAUCUGAAGCAGUAAGAUUAGAAAUUUUAAAGCAGUUGACAAGUGAAACAUCGGUCGCUCCGGAUGUUUCGUUGUCAUCACUAGCAACACAAACCGCUGCAUUAGUCGCCAAUGACUUGGUUGAUUUAGUUGCGAGAGCAGGCUUGGCAGCACUGGAACGCGUAGAAAAUGUCGUGAAAAAAACAAAACAAUCACUAAAAGAUAUUGAUCUGAUUCGUGCAGGAAUUGCUCUAACGGCAGCUGAUUUUAAUGAUGCUCUCGGCAAAGCUAGAGCUUCAUAUUCAGAUAGUAUUGGCGCCCCAAAAAUUCCGAAUGUAACAUGGGACGAUGUUGGGGGCCUAGCAUCUGUAAAAAAUAAUAUAUUAGAUACUAUACAACUACCACUUGAACAUCCAGAAUUGUUCGCUAGUGGAAUGAAGAAAAGAUCGGGAAUACUGCUCUAUGGACCACCAGGAACCGGAAAAACACUUCUCGCCAAGGCUGUUGCCACUUCAUGUUCUCUUAAUUUCUUUUCUGUAAAAGGUCCUGAACUUCUUAACAUGUACAUUGGAGAAUCAGAAGCUAAUGUUCGACGCAUUUUCCAACGCGCAAGAGAUGCUAAACCUUGUGUAAUAUUUUUUGAUGAGCUGGAUUCUGUUGCUCCAAAAAGAGGGGAGAAAGGAGACUCUGGUGGUGUAAUGGAUAGAAUUGUUAGUCAACUUUUGGCUGAAUUGGAUGGAAUGGGGCAAGGAGGUGGGGCAGCAGACGUAUUUGUUAUUGGUGCAACAAAUCGACCCGAUUUGUUAGAUCCAGCAUUACUAAGACCUGGACGUUUUGACAAAUUGCUUUAUCUAGGAGUUAGUGAAGACCACGAUGCACAACUUAAAAUCAUUCAGGCACUUACAAGAAAAUUCCGCUUACACCCAUCAUUGGUCCUCCGUUCUGUAGCAGAAAAAUGUCCAUUUAACUAUACUGGAGCAGAUUUCUAUGCUUUAUGUUCUGAUGCUAUGUUGAAAGCCAUGUCAAGAACAGCCGAGGCAAUAGAAGCCAAAGUUUUUCAAUUGAAUUCCAAUCCAACACCCAACCUCCCCAAACCCGUAACAUCACAAUACUAUCUUAAUCAUCUCGCAACAUCUGAUGAUAUUCUUGUAGAAGUUACACAAGAGGAUUUUGAAAAAGCUUUGAAAGAACUUAUACCCUCCGUUUCUGAGAAAGAAUUAGAACAUUACCGUAUGACCAGGAAACUUGAAAAUGAUAGGCUAAUUAGUGCUUAA